UCAAAUUUUAAAAUGUUCGUGGGUUGUUGGUGAUACUUGGUGGUGAUUAUCUUUCAUUCUCUAUAUGUAUUUUAUGAAUGCGUACGUUAUUUAUUGUUACCCGACUACAGAGAAGUGAAUAACUUUGUUAUUAACACGUCUACUAGUAUGUACCUAUUUUAAUUUUAAUCAACCCAUUCUAAUUUACAGCCUUCUAUAUAAUUGAAAAGUUUGAUAUAAAACAAUGUUAUAAUGAUGAACUACGGCGGACUAAUAAAUGCUUUGCUGGAUCCACCUAUUUGUAAAAUAAUAAAGAAGAAGUGCCCCAAAGAAUCCAUUUCUCAACCUCAUAAUUAUAUUCAUGAAGAAGACACUGCAGAGCCUACAGAACCAGAAUCAGAGCACUUGGUGCCAGAUUACCUGAAACUUACAAAAAAUAACCCUUAUCGAAAACUACCUGCUUAUGAAAGUUCUGCACAUGUGUCAAAUGAAAGGGAUCAUUUUGACUUGCAAAAUGAUGAAUCAUUUUUGAUGCCAGCUGACUUUAAAGAUGAAGUCGUGGCAGACAAAAAUGAUGAAGUCUGUUUAGCCUGCAAUGGAGAAUUUGUGUUUGGAAGUGAAGAAGUUAUACUCUCUCAAAUUCAUAGUGAAGGAGGAAAUGAAAUCUUCCAUGGAGAAUUAAAAAUAAUGCAUGCAUCAGCCAAGACAGAAAUGCAUGUGUGCAAAGAAAAAAUUGAAGUAUCAACUUACAAUAACCAACUGGAGGAAAGUAGGAUAUCAGAAAACAACCUGCACAAAAUUCUUACACCUGAAAAUUUGGAAUUGUCUUCACAAAUACCCUGCAUUCAAGACAUUCAUGAGAUAACUUGCCAGUUGUUGGAAGAGAUUAUUUCAGUCGUGUUGCAGGAACAACCUAAUGUAGGUUUGUUGCAAAAAAGUUUAAAUAUUGGUGAAAGCCGCAUAAAUAAUAUCAGUGCAGUAAAAUUAAUAUCAACUCACAAAAAUUCAAGCUAUUGUGCUGUUAAAGAAAGUCACAACCUAACAGAUGAAGAAAAUGAAUUCUUUACUAACAAUUCUCAAGGUAAAGAUGUUUCGCCCAAGAAUAAUAGUUUUGUAUGCUGCCCGAGAAAUGUUGGUAACUAUUCUAAUCUGCCAGAAGAGACUGUUCCUGCCAAAACAAAAGAAGAAAGUUCUCUACAAACAAGUUUGAAUGAAAACCCUCCAUUAAAAUCUGAUGGUACUAAUAGUUUUCAAACUGUUGACUUGACAACUGAACCAUUAAGUAUAGAUAUCACUCCUGAAAUAAUAAGACUCUUAAAUGACCUUGUUAAUAAUGUUCCCACAACACCACCUGAAAUGUAUCAUAGCACAAGUACAUUAAUUUCUGAUAAUUUUUCUUCUCAUGCAGUGGAAGAGAUAAAACAUAGUGAUAAAAAUUUUACAAGCACUGGUGUGAUAUCUGACUUUGCGGCUGAAAUAAACACUCCAAAACACUGUCGGGAAGAAAAUGAGUUAUGUAUGUUACCUACAAACAAACGCCCAAAAAUACAUGUUUUUAGCAGUUUGGGUGAUCCAAACAAGGACUCUAUCAAUUUUGCAUCAAACUUCAACAACUCUGAAGAGACCAAACACCAGUUGCUUUCUUCAGCUGUUUACAGUGACAUAGCAGUAAACCUUUCUUCAGAGUCUGAACACAUGGAAAACAGUGCAAGUAAUAAUUGCGUAACAUUAACUGAUAAAGCACUACAUUUUGAUGAUCAGAAACCUUCUACUCCUAUAACUCAGGAAAAAAUAAAUGAAAUACAAUCACAAGAAUUACAAACAAAUAUGUGUGAAGUAUGUACAGCAAGAAGUAACAGUUUCAGUAACUACGGCAACAAAUGUACAUCAGAGAAAGAAAAUUUGCUUUGUCAAACAAGUGAUCUAAAUUUGUAUAACUCUUCAGCAAACAAUUUGGAAAGUUAUACAUCAGAUUGCUUAGGCACAAAAUUUUCCAUUUCACAGCCAUCAGUGCUAAAUGUGGAUGACCUUAAUGCCUAUUUCAUUGAAGCUAACAGACUCAGUGAAGAGUGUAUGGAUAUUGUUGAAAAGGGUACUACCGGUACUAAUGAUAUAAAGUGUUUGGAUUCUGUAGGUAGAGUUUGCACCAAUUUUCUUGCCACAGAGGAAUUUAAUGAAAUGAAUAACCAGACAGCAACAGAACUUAUACUAAAGGACAUCAAAAUGAGCAGCAUAAAACUAAGUUCUCCUAAGGAAACACUCCAAAAAAAUAUUGUAUUAAGCAGUGUUGCUCUUAUGGUUACUGAUGAUUGUGUGUCUCUUAAAUCAUCAAAAGACAGUUCUCUGUUAUCAUCUCCAUCAGUGAUGGAAAAACCACAUGGAGGAAGUUCCAUUAUUUCCUUUUUAUAUCCAUCACCUGAAAUUGUUUCAAGUCCUUCCAUUCCUAGCAGUACUGAGGAAAAUGUAAGGAAAAAAGAAAAACUCACAAUACAUACACUGGUGAACUAUUCUUUAACCUCAAGCUUAUGUUGCAGUGAUAUAGAUAGUGAUGAUUGUUAUGAUUAUGAUGGUGAUUUAUCAGAUUAUUCUGUAGAUGGAACAUGCUUUGUGGGAAGUAUUAACUCCAGCCAAGACUCCCUUGAUGUAUAUAUUGACAAAGCAGUAAAUAAAUAUAGUGAAAGGUUUCAAAAGUGCAGUAAAAUUGCUGAUGAACAAAUUCUUUUGAAAUCACACCAGUGUCAUGAUUCGCUUGUACAAACAAUCGAAAACUGUAAAAGAAGCAUGCAGCCGGGGUCUCCUGAUGCUUCGUCAGCAAAAAGAGCAAAGCUCCAAAUUGAGAACAUAAAACACAAUGUAAUGUCUUCAAGCAUUAAAGAAACAGAUAUAAAUUAUUAUGUUAGAGAUGAAUUUAGUAUCCAUGAAUUGCAGAAAUGUAAGCAGAAUGCAGCUGAUUCGGUUGAAAAAGAAGUUCCAAAUCUUGCGAUUGGUUUUUCUUGUAGAGAACCUCAAAACAAGAAAGCAAAAUUUGAAUGUGAAAAAAAUUAUAGCAAUGGUGUUUCAGAAAAUUUGAUUCAUCAAAAACCAGAGGCUUGUAGGGACUGUUCUAUAUAUCAUAAAUGUGAGAAAAUGACAGAAUGUCAUAAAACAGUUCUUGAUUGUGAUGAAAAUAUCAUCAGCAAGAUGUUAGACUCAAAAAACAUGCAAGAAAAUGUCACUGUAUGUCUUGAAGAUUUCAAUGUGUGUGAAGCAAAUGCAAAAAAUGACAAUCUCAAGAAAAUUAAGUUCUACCUUUUAAAUGGUCAAGAAGAUAUAACAGCACGUCUAGAUUCCAUGCAGAUAUGUAGCACAGAUUUAGAAACUGUGCAUCCAGAUAUUGCAGCUGCAAAAACCUCUUUGUUGCAUGAAACAUCCACGGCCUCAGCACAAAUUGGUGCAUUCAACUGGAAAUCUGAAACCAACAUGAAACCUAAAUUAACUGAACUCAGCCAAAGUCACGUAAGUACUGUCACUACUAAGCCAUCAAUAAGAGUGGGCAUGUCUAAACGUGCUAAGGUUAUCCCACUUCACAGCAGAAUAUGAGUUUUAAAUGUGUACUUCUUUCCCAACACAUGCUCAUUUUUGUGAGAGUUUUAAGUUUUAGUUACAUUUUCACUGCCUUAACACAUAGAACACAAUCAUAUGAAUAAAACAGAGGAAUAACAUGUUACAUAUAAUUAAUACUUAAUGCUGGAAUUGGCACUAAUAAUUUCUGAGUUCAUAAUAAUUAUUAAGGAUGAGUGUAUAAUAUAAAUUUUUAGUAUACUGAUAUGAGGAAAGUAAAUUCUGACAUUGAAUGAACAAAAGAUAUGACCAGUAAGUAAUUAAAUUCAUAAAUUGAAGUCUUAUCAUUAGUAUACUCAUUAUUCAUUAGCAUGCACACACAUUGACUAAGUUUGUGAAUUUCAGGAAAAUUAAACUGUAGUGAAUGGAUUGUAACAAUUGUGAAAGAGCCUGUGUGUUCGUAGACAAAAAUUUUAAUUAUCUAGCAUACCAUUUCUUUAAAAGAACUCUAAAAAUAUGAGGUGUGUUUUUGAACCAAGCAAUGUUAAGAAAAUUUUUAGGUAGGAUACUUGACAAUCCAAGUUUUUUAAAGUGAUGCCACUGAAGACAGUCAUUUUUUUUCUUCUUCUAAAACAAUCUAGAUAAAAUUCCCAGCUUCUAAAAGAUAAUAAACUAACAAUUUGAAUCUCC